CUGACAGCGAAAACGGCCAAAAAUAGAAAGCUAUUCACUGGCCGUUAAAAGAACGGCCAGUUGAAUAGCCCCAUAGACUUUCAUUGGUGCUAAAAAUGGCCGUGUGCCGGCCAAUAUUCACUGUCGUGUGCAUGAGGCCUAAAACUGAUGCUCACAGAUGGGUUUUUUUUCAUUUCUCUGAGGGAUCGGAUGUGAACGGUUGCCAUCAGUCUCCACACAUCUCCCAGACCCUAAACCCCCUGUCAUGUAACGGAACGUGACGGAUAACUUUCCCCGUCCUUCCUGCGCGCUCACCGCCGUCGCGGCCUCUCCUCAGAUCCUGCGUGCGUCAUUCCGUACGAAACGCCGCUGACGUCAUCACGGCUCCAGCUACGCUUCGGUCACAAGGAGGAGCUGUGCUCUCGGUGGAGCUGAGGGAGGGUCACGAACUCUGACCCGCCGGGAACCGAGUGCAGCCCAUAACGGAGUUUUCGUCGCCUGGCAGCAGUGGUCCGCUGUGCUUUCCCGGUCGCAGAGGAGAAAUCUUUCAUAAAUUAUUCAGCCACCUCUCUGCUCCUCCGGACAGCCCAGGGCGCACUCAGCUAGCUGACAAAGUUUUUCACAGGCUUAUACUUGGCACAAAACUGGAUGUCCUAAAGAACAUCUUUAAUUCCAAAGGUUUUUCAGUGAAGACAGAUCAUGGCGUCUAUAGAAGAAAUAGCCCACCAAAUUAUCGAACAGCAAAUGGGAGAGCUUUCUCGCACACAGACUGAAGUAACACAUACUGCAUUGGUGGAUGGAAAUACCCAAAGGAUACAGCUUAUUCCAUCUGAGUCAAGUGUUUCCAUACCUCACCGAAUACAGCUUGUCACAGAUCAGCAGACGGGUCAGAAAAUUCAGAUUCUUACAGCAGUUGAUCAAAGUGGGACAAGCAAAAGGUUCAUUUUGGCUAAUAACGAUGGCUCCUCUCCAAGUAAAGUGAUCCUUGCAAGGCAAGAUGGCAGUCAAGGCAAGGUAUACCUUACAACUCCUGACGCUGCUGGUGUCAACCAGCUAUUCAUCUCAAGUCCUGAUGUUUCUACACAGCACAUUCAGAUAUUGUCAGAUGCCCAAUGUUUAGACCAGAAUUUAAACAAACCAGUAGUGGAUCUUUGUGUGGUCUGUGGCGAUAAAGCUUCAGGGCGCCAUUAUGGGGCGGUAACGUGUGAGGGCUGCAAAGGUUUCUUUAAAAGAAGUAUUAGGAAAAACCUGGUUUAUACAUGCAGAGGAUCGAAAGAUUGUGUUAUUAACAAACACUACCGCAACAGAUGUCAGUAUUGCCGACUACAAAGGUGUAUUGCACUUGGGAUGAAGCAAGAUUCUGUGCAGUGUGAAAGAAAACCUAUUGAAGCUGCUAGAGAAAAAUCAACAAAUUGUGCUGCAUCCACAGAAAAAAUCUACAUUCGGAAAGAUUUGCGAAGUCCUCUGGCUGCAACAACAACUUUUGUAUCUGACAACAAACCCAUAAGGUCAAACAAUUUGUUGGAUUCUGGAAUGUUAGUGAAUAUACAGCCUUCUGGAAUUAAAACUGAGCCCAUGCUAAUAACACAUGAAAACCAAGUCGAAGCCUGCCAGGGAGAUUUAAGCACCUUGGCCAAUGUUGUCACAUCACUUGCAAAUUUUAGCAAGACAAAAGAGACGUCUCAGUCCAGCACAGAACUCUCUGCUGUGGAAAGUCUGAGUAAUGGUGAUACGUCACUCUCCGAACUUCCGCAAGAUAAUCAGUCCAACAAUGAAGUCACCAGUUUGUAUUUCAGAGCCUUUGAUACACUAGCAAAAGCUCUUAACCCGUCUGAAAGCUCUUCCCAGGACUUGUCAGAAAACAUUGAAUCUAGCUCUAACCUCUUUCAAGACAUUGGAGUUGUUGAAAUGGAAGGACCCCUUCUUAGUGAUUCCCACAUAUCCUUCAAGCUGACCAUGCCUUCCCCAAUGCCUGAAUACCUGAAUGUGCACUAUAUCUGUGAAUCAGCAUCACGGCUGUUAUUCCUGUCCAUGCACUGGGCCCGCUCUAUUCCCUCCUUCCAAGCUCUUGGGCAAGAGGUCAGCAUCUCUCUAGUGAAAGCUUGCUGGAACGAGCUGUUUUCGCUUGGUCUUGCUCAGUGCUCCCAAGUGAUGAAUGUGUCGACUAUACUAACAGCGUUUGUUAAUCACCUGCACGGCAUGCAGCAUGAUAAACUUACUGGAGACAAAUUAAAGUUGGUGAUGGACCACAUCUUUAAACUUCAAGACUUCUGCAAUAGCAUGGUUAAACUUGGACUUGAUGGGUACGAGUAUGCCUACCUGAAAGCAAUUGUCCUAUUUAGUCCAGAUCACCCUGGAUUGGAAAAUGCAUUGGAUAUUGAAAAACUCCAAGAAAAAGCCUACAUGGAAUUCCAAGACUAUGUCACCAAAACAUACCCAGAUGAUACCUACCGGCUUUCUCGGCUCUUACUGCGGUUGCCAGCCCUGAGACUAAUGAGUGCUGCCAUUAUGGAGGAGCUCUUCUUUGCAGGCCUAAUUGGCAAUGUACAGAUCGAUAGUAUUAUUCCAUAUAUUUUGCGUAUGGAAAACGCUGACUACAACAGCCAGAUUGUUGGAGUCAAUGUAUAGCAUAUGUCUGACAUACAAAAAAGGACUUGGAAAGCAUUUUAUUCUUGAUUUCCUUUUAGAAAGAAGAUGCACAAGAUAUUGAAGGAUGUGUAAAAGUUUGCUUAAAUAUCUUCAAGUAUCUUUUGUCGAAUUGUGAUCUUUUGAUUAAUUGUGCCUUUUUGGCACGGUGUAUAUAUUACCAAAUAUAUAUAUAUAUAUAUAUAGAGAGAGAGAUGUUUAUAUUGUUGUGAAUGGCCUAUGGCUACCUAGUCAGAUAUAUUGAAAGCAGUGCUUUUUACCCUCCCCCAGAGUAUCAUGUUAUGGUACGCUGCAGUAUGAUUUGUUAUAAUGAACUCCCGUUUUUAUUGCAGUUUUGUGUUGCGUGCCUUGCCUGGAUGCUUUCUAAGCUGUGCAGCAGGUUUGCAAGUGACCUAAGCUUAUUUUAUACAUUCGGACUGUUUGAACAGUCUAAACUAGAAUUUUUUUUUUUUUUUUUUUUUUUUUUUUUAAACUUUAAUGAAAAUCUUGUACGUAUUCUCUAAGAAUCACAGUACUAACAUAAAAGAAAUAAUCUUCAUGUCAAAGGAUUUCUUCUUGUUCCUGCAUGGAAUAAAAAUGCAUUUCCAUAUUUUAUGGUCUUUGUGACAUUAGUAGUUAUAUAAGUCUCAGAUUGUAAUAUAUUUAAAGAUUAUAUUCAUUUUCUUAUAUUGGCAGCAGGUUUCUGAAAAAAAGCUAUGUUUUAUUCCAUGAGGAUUUAUUAAGAGUACCCUUUCAUUUGCUUGUUUCUGUAGUAAAGAAAGAUAGGUUUUUCACAAUGUUUUCCAUUUGUAGGUGCUGUUGUUUGAUCGUGUUAUAGUUUCCUACAGCCCUUAUCAAUAUGUAACAUUAACGGUGUUGUGCAGUGGCUUAAUAGUGAUGACCUAUCCCCAGGAUCAGAUCAGCAGGGAUCUGGCUCCUGGCACCCCCACCGGUCAGCAGUUUGAAUAGGUUAUGGCGCUAGUGCGAGUGCUUCUUCCUCUUCAGUUUACCAGUGAAGUCUCCUUUGUGGCUGUGACGCAGUGUAAUUACAACUGCUCCGUCCCAUUAACUUAAAUGGGAUGAGAAGUAAUUAUACUGCAUCGCCGCUACAAAGGAGACUGUGUACUGGUGAACUGAAGAGGAAGAAGCGCGAACUGCUGAUCCGGCGCCUCUGUUGAGGAUUAUUGCAUCAGCAAUACAAAACAGAAAAGUCCUGCAUGCAGAACUGUUUUGACCAGUAAAAUGACAGACUCCCUAACAGGAACCCAACAAUCCGAUUGUAGCUAUUGGUGUCCGUCUGGCAGUGUUGCAGAUCCAUAUUUUCUGUUAUUUUCGCAGCAGAACAGAGGAAAUCAUAAGCGCAAACGUGAAAGCUAUUUUUUCCAGCAACAUGUUAACUUGUGUAAACUGUAAUCUUGUUUCCAUUUAAUUCUGUAGACCUUACUGAAGUUUCCAUCACUCCAUGACAAAACUUCUAUGAAACCCUAUCUGAAAGCAGCAUAUAGUAGGGGUAGAGAUGCUGAGCUCCGGUAUCUAUAGUUUACUAUGACUUAAAGGGGUAUUUUGGUUGUUAAAGAGGUUGUCUCAUCCCACCGUUACGAAGGUGAGAUGAGACACAGUUCGGAUCACAGUGCUCUGGCGCCCUGCUGUUUCAGUAGCUCUCAUUGCCAUGCACAACAGGCUAUGCUGUCUCCCUAACUCAGAAAUGGCAUAGCUU